UGACAUCAAAUUUAUAAUUAAUCGUUCUAAAUAUCCACUUAGAAUCGCUUCUAAAUUCCUCCACGUCUCUCUCGUUUUUUAAAGGUUUGUGGAAAGAGCAAGUAAUGCUAAAAAAAUACAACCAGGGCCAGUACUUCUGAUAAAGCAUCGGAAUAGAGAACUCCAAAAAGCCUAAACAACAAAUAAAAAGAAACAAAAAUUCUUAAAAGAAAACUGUAUUUUUUGUUUGUUUAUAUCACUAAUCUCUUAUUCGCUGCCUUCUUUUCUUCUUUCUCUGAUUGCUCUGUACUGCCCUGGACAAGCAUUUCUGUUUUCCUCUGAAGAGAAGAAACGGAGAUGGGUUUGAUCAGAGUAGCCAUGGCAGAUGCAAUUUUAACAUCUCUAUGGGUAUUUAGCGUGCCAAUACUGCGCGUUUUAACCACCAUUAUAGCAUCAACUGUAGGCGUUGAACCAAAAUCAUUAUCAGGUCUUUUCAUAUCAAUAAACCUAUCCACUUCUUUUAUGCUAAUAUUUAUUCUAGUAGGCGCUGCAUUAGGCGGUGCUAGUUACAAUCCCACCACGACUGUCUCCUUAUACGCCGCCGGACUUAAACCAAGUGGAUCCCUCUCUCUAAAAACCAUGGCAGUCCGAUUUCCAGCUCAGGCAGCCGGCGGAGUUGUCGGCGUCAAAGCAAUAUUACAGGCGAUGCCAAGAACGUAUAGGAAUUUGCUAAAAGGUCCUUCUUUGAAAGUGGAUUUACAUACAGGAGGAUUAGCAGAAGGGAUUUUGAGUUUUGGGCUUUGUUUUUCUUUGCUUUUGGUUAUGGUCAGAGGACCAAAGAAUUUGUGGGUGAAGAUUUGGUUGGUGAAGGCGGCGACGGCUGGAUUGGUGGUGAUCGGCGGUAAGUAUACUGGGCCUUGUAUGAAUCCUGCAAAUGCAUAUGGAUGGGCUUAUGCAAAUAAUUGGCAUAAUAGUUGGGAUUUGUUCUAUGUUUAUUGGAUUUGCCCUUUAAUUGGAGCUACUUCGGCUGCUUGGGUUUUUCGUUUCUUGUUUAAUCCUACUAUUAACCCUAAGCCUAAGCAAGCAUGAAAGUGAAGCCCUAAUAUAAUUAAUUAAUUAUUAAUGCUGAAAAUAAUUUUUUUUGAGGACAAUGCUGAAAAUAAUAAUUUGACUAGUAAUGUUACAAUUUGCUCAAUUGCACUUGUGUAUAUGUUAUAUUUCAUUAUGUAGUUUUAUUCUUUUAAUUUUGUCCAAUAGAUAGAUGUUUAAGAGUGGAUGAAAAUGAAUU